UCCGUCUUCCUUUAGGCUCCGUCUUCCUUUUCCUGGCCGCCUCCCCGCUGUCCCGGCCGGGCUCGGGCCUCGGCGCCGCGCUGUGCUCGCGGCCUGUGCCCGCGGCUGCGUCGCUCUGGGCGCUCUGUCAGCUGCCCUUACAGCGGGUGGACUUUCUUGUUCGUGUGAAGCGUCCCCGUGCUGCUCCUUUCCUUCUUCUGCCUGGAAGAAGAGCAGGAAACUAGCAUAUCGUGUUCCCAGGCUUGCUCCCGAGCUUGGCGUUCUGUCCUGUUUGGGUUACCGGUGCUCUUUUAGUGCUGUAGUUCUUCUCUUGUAGAGUUUUGUCCUGAAGCAGAAGCGAUAAUGAAAGUUGGAGAGAAGGGAGUUGAGCCCUGUCAGGACAGACGUGCCACCUGUUUGUUUGAGACUGCAAUGUGAAUGGCGAUGGCUUUGAUCCUGGGGGAGAUCUGAACAACUGUUUUUAAAAGGGAGUGAAGAAAAAAGGUUUCCCCUUCUCCUUUAAGGCUAUGUAACCUAUUGGAGUAAUGCUUUCAUUUAAGCAGGAAUCUGCUAAGUGCAGCGCUCUGUCACUCACAUCCGGAAUUGUAGGGAGUGAUACCAGCCCUGAUGUGGUCUGUGCUUUCCAAUGCUGUUUUCAGGAAGAAGGAGAGCAGUCGGUUUUAUUAAACCUGGAACUCUGGUAGGUGUGUGACCACCGCCAUGAGGUUGAGUUUUGAGACUGCAGAUAACUGCUGGUAACCUGAGCCUCAGCGUUCACUGGUUACGCUAUGAGUCCUGAACCAAAAAGCAGAAUCCCCUUGGUAAGAGGCAGCUGCCUGCCCAGGAGGUGCAGCUGAGCCCCCUCCAGCACUGUGUCUCAGUGCCUGGACUGAGAAACACUGCUCAGCCACAUCAGGCUCACUUCAGCUGUAACAUAGCAAACUCUUUUUUUCCUUUUAUUUUCUAGUGUAUGGCAGUUCAGGCUGUCUGUCAGAAGGAAGGCUGGGGCUGGGGUGUGGGGUGCUGAUGUGUGGCUGUGGGGUGGCUUCAGCUCCUCUGUGUGGGUUGAGCUGGCAGCUGUGGGCAGGGUGUGGUGAGUGAUCCCUGGGCUAUGCUCAGCUGACCGGGUUAGUUCGGAUGAGCUGGGGCACGGGUUGGAAAGUGCAGCAGGGAGCAGUGGUGCUGGGUGUGAUGAAUCCAAACUGUUUCCCUGGCAUCAGUUUCCCAUGCAUUUGCUGUGGGUUUGUUGCUGGUGGCCUCAACCAGAACAGGGCAGUUCUCAACAUCUUCUCUGUAGCCUUUGGCUAUGAUAAAAGCACAAAGUGUGCUGUCAGACUGAUGGCUCUGGCUGCCCUUUGAUAGCAUGUUGGGUAUUUUGCUGCUCUGCCUUUGUAGGGUACUAACACCAGGCCAUAGUGAGCAGCCUGGCAUGGAGGUAAUCUCAAUUCUGCUUUGCCCUUUGAAACCUUGUGACUGGGGCUGACUGUUGCAUGUGGCCAACUCCUCUCCUUAUCAGCAGCUCACUGCUGUUGUGUGAUAGUGAUGGAUUCUAGGGAAAAAAGUUGGAGUCUCCUUGUUCUUUUUCUGAGAACAUGUUUGUUUUUCCAUGUAGGUCUGCAGCUUUAUAAUCAAACCCUUUUCACUUGGAUUUCCCAGGUCAAAUUCUUUGUCCCAGAAGCAGUUAGAGGUGUGAUAUUCACAGCUGAUGUAAUUCUCCCCAUGCUCUGUGAGUUUUUUUCUAUCCUUUCCCAGCAUUUUUAAAUUUCAGAAGAAAUAAAAAAUUCUUCUGCAUUGGUAAAUAUGAAUGUAUUUGUCUUUGCUGCUACUGAGAUGCAGAGGUCAGUGAAAGUGUUUCAGAAGAGAAGAAUGAAGCAAAGUUAUUUACAGGAAAUCCUCAAUGGUGUCAAAGCAUUGAGUUACUGGAAGGAAGAGAAGACACUUCUGGGGAGUUCUGCAGUGUGGAGGUGGUUUGCUGGAACCCCCACUAGAACUGAGAUUAUUUGGCACAGAUAUUGCCAUCUCAGCACAAAGUUGAUCUUUCCAGGUCUGUGUGUUUAUUUAAUGACGUCUCUUGUGCAGCACAGCAUAUGGCAAUUGCACAAGAGAAUCUCAUCCCAGUGAGUAUCUGUCAACGUGGGUGAAUCAAAUGGAGGGUUUGUUAGCUGGGAGAGGCAUGGGUACCCCCUGUCUUCAGGACACUUAAGACAAAUCUCAGCCUCUGAAGAAAACUCUGUGCCCUGGAGACCUGGGCAGUUUGUAGGGAAAGUGCUACUGAGCUCUGAAAGCUCCAGAGGUGGCACAGGGCUGUGCUGCUUGUUCUUUCUGACCUGAGUCAUCCCAUACCUACCAGGGAGAUGACUUGCUGACUCCUGGCAUUGAGGCUGUUAGUUUUGCUAUGCCAGCCAGGGUUAAAUUCAGACAGGGGGGAGAUGUUUUCUUUGAAGAUGAAUCCUGGAUAGAGGGCAGUGCACAGUGCUGUCUCUGGCUAUGUGCAUUUUUGGGAUGGCAGUUGGUAGAGAUGUUUCAAUCUGUCAUCUGCAGCCACGUCCUUGGAAGGUGCAGGGGGAUGUGAUGAGACCUUUCCUUCAGCACAUUGUUGGUCAAGCUUAUUUAGUGGUGAGAGUUCCUACUUUAGGGUAAGAAGGGGGAGGAUCUGCACAAGGUGACACACUGAAUAAGGAGUAAGUUUACUAGUCAAACUCUAAUUCUGCUCUACAGCCAGCAUUCAUCCAAGCUUCUAAGGUGACCAUGGAAUCAACAGGGAAACUGCAGCUGUUACUUUUACUGCUACAACAUUUACAAAGCCACUGGACACGAAGCAUGUGGAGUUUAAUGGAGAACAGAGUUUCUCUUCAUCUUCUCAAGGAGGCAGGAUAUUCCAGUCCAUGAUGUCCAUGAUGAGAUUCUCCUUGUCUGACAACAUCACACGCUCUACUGCCCUGGUGACAGCACUGGAUAAUGUGACAACUUUGCCUUCAACGACAGCGCAGGCAAUCAAUGGCACGAACGUCACGGUGCCACAUAAGUGCCUGCUGUUGCUCUAUGAGGACAUUGGGAAGUCCAGAGUCCGCUACUGGGAUCUUUUGCUCCUGGUUCCCAAUGUGCUUUUCUUUAUGUUUCUUCUCUGGAAGCUGCCCUCUGCCAGGGCCAAAAUCCGGGUCACUUCCAGCCCAAUCUUCACUACAUUCUACAUACUAGUGUUUGUGGUGGCUUUAGUUGGUAUUGCCCGUGCUGUUGUCUCCAUGACUGUGAGUGCCUCUGAUGCUGCCACAGUUGCUGAUAAGAUCCUGUGGGAGAUCACAAGGUUCUUCCUUCUGGCGAUCGAGCUGAGCAUGGUGAUUUUAGGCCUUGCCUUUGGUCAUUUGGAGAGCAAGUCAAGUGUGAAGCGUGUUCUGGCAAUCACUACAGUGCUGUCUCUAGCAUAUUCUGUCACACAGGGGACCUUGGAAAUCCUGUACCCUGAUGCUCACCUCUCAGCUGAAGACUUCAACAUCUAUGGCCAUGGAGGGAGACACUUCUGGCUUGCCAGCUCUUGUUUCUUCUUUCUGGUCUAUUCCUUUGUGGUGAUUCUUCCAAAAACUCCUCUUAAAGACCGGAUUUCUCUGCCCUCCAGGAAGAGUUUUUAUGUUUAUGCUGGGAUCCUGGCAGUGCUGAAUCUGGUGCAGGGCCUGGGCAGUGCUCUUCUCUGUGUGGAUAUCAUAGAAGGACUGUGCUGUGUUGAUGCUACUACAUUCCUUUACUUCAGCUUCUUUGCACCUCUCAUCUAUGUGGCAUUCCUGAAAGGCUUCUUUGGGUCUGAGCCGAAGAUCCUUUUCUCCUACAAGUGUCAGGUGGAUGAACCUGAAGAUGUGGAUGUGCACCUACCCCAUGCUUAUGCUGUUGCCAAGAAGGAAGGAAUGGAUUCUGGGUUCUACUCAAGCACUCAGAUUGAUACCACAGCCUACCUGGAUGACGUGGCCUCUAUGCCGUAUCACGUGGGCAGCAUCAACAGCAUAGACAGUGAUCGUUGGAAAGCUAUCAAUGCCUAAGGCAGGGCUCCCCCCUGCAUCCGAUGCCUCAUUUUCCCUUAAACUUCCUGAUACUGAGGAUGUUAGGAUAUCCACUGGAAACUUGUUCAUCACUAUCUGCUGUGGCUUUCCUCUUUUCCUUAGGAUUUCUGAAACCUAUUGUGGAACUAAGUUGGCAGCCUUUUUGGAAAGAAUAUUUCCCGUCACUGACUGAGAACAAUCUAGAACAGUCCUGUUCAUAAACCUAUAAACACUGAACCUUCCUGAUUCUGUGCGUUCCAGAUGUGAAUAUGGCCCAGAAGGACAGGCCUGACUGGCACCUCUUGCUUUUCAGUGACUGACAGCACUUGUCUGCCAACUAAGGGAAAUGUCAUUUAGAAGCUGUUUAUUUGACUGUGUAUUCUGCACAUAUGGAGAGAGUUUGGUUUAAACCAAAGUUGGUGUUCCUGGGCUUUCUCAGGCAGCACAGUUGUCUGGAUCUUAUCACAACCAUGGAUAGGUGGCAAUAGAUAUGUCUAAAUGGCAAAGCUGCUGAGUUGGACUCAUCUCUGGUUUCAGCUAAUGCUAAUGAAAACUGUGAAUUGCAAUUGUUAGGAGUUAAAAGGAUUGUGUUCAGAGUGUGUAGGAAGGAGAAAAGAGGUGUGAAGAGAAAUGAGCUGCCCAGUGUAUUCUGAUAUUCUGGGAAGCAUGGCUGGUAUCUCGCAGCACCUGUGUGAGCUGACAACAAUAGGGAGGCAGGACAGGCAGCUGCUGCUGCCCAGCUGAGCUGAAGUAGCUGUGAAAGACUCUGUGGAGGCUAUGCUGCUGUUCAUCUGAGCUCACGGGAACAUCUCAAUAACAGCACUGAAGUGGGGUGAAGUUUCAAGAACACAGCAUGUACAGUAGGUGUGUGUUACAUCUGCACCAUGCUUCAUGGCUCUAGGUGGGGUCAUGGAGAGGGCUGUGAAGGAAGAGGCUGUCUCUGCUGAUGAAGGCUUCAGAGAUGUUCAGAUGCCUGAGGCAGAGUAGAAGCUGAUGAAUCUGAGCUGUCAGUGUCUAGUGACUAGGAGUUCUCAAACACAACAGGCAUCUUAAGAUCAAAUUGGCCGGUGUUCUAGGUUGGGUGGGAGGUGGAUGCUCUGGUACAACCUAUGUGGCGGUGUCCUCUUCUGUUGCAGUUCAGAUCCCCAGACUUCUAAUGACCUUAAUAGGCUUUUCAUGUUGAUACAUUGAAAAUACUUACAGGUGUGUGAAGUGUGGUUUAUUUAAAAACUAUCUGGAAUUUCUUAGUCUCUUCCACAAUGGAAUAGGGACUGUUGUCAGAGCUGUUUGAUGUGCAGUUCCAAGACAGUUUGUUCCAAUUCAGGGACUGUUGAGCUGAUAGCUGCAAUAAACUGGUUUCUGAGACAGACUGUGCUGUCCAAGGAUGAAGAGGUUUAUUCUUCUAGCUCUGGGGAAGUCAGUUUUAGGGAACCUACCUGAGUCAUCUGUGUAAGUGGAGAUCUGCUGUAGGUGAUAUUAGAAAUAGUAGAAAGAAGGAAAUUUGAAACAUUUCAGCACUGUGCAUCUCUUGCCCCAGCUCACUGCUGUUCCUGAAAAAGAAUAGUGGGGUAAGAGUUCUUGGGAAAUCAUCAUGCAGGGUGCAGCAUGGGGGUAUCAGUUUAGAAUCAUGAGUGUAUGCAGUGAAUGCAUUUCCCACUGUAGGGAAAGAAACAGAUUAGGUAAGAACACAAGGUUCCUGUUGGUUGCCAAAACUAUGCAGGCCCUUCACUUAUCUUUUAUUUUGUUAACGAGCAGAGCAGCUUCUCAGUUCUGCAGCCUGGGGACUUUGCCCUACAGGCUUCUGGGUAGCAUUGACACCAUUAAUAAUAAAUUUUUUAAAAUUCCACGAGCUUUUUUUUAAUCUUAUCAAGUGAAGAAAAAAAACUUCCAUGUGUGAGAGCUGGAGUGUCUAACCUUUCACAUUUCCCCUGCUGAAAUGACUAUGGAAGGGGUGGACAAGCAACUGGCCUGGCCAACUCAGUCCUUCCCACUUAGAGAAGUGUUCUGUGCUCCUACUUUUUCUUGCUGUGAAUCUGCAUCAGCCACAUUUUAAUUGUAAAAGCGAUGGAUGAUGUGGUGCCUGAAUUGCCCUGCUGCUGCUCUUACUGUGGCUCCAAUCCUGAGCUGCUGUUAGCAAGCGUGGGGAAAACCUGCAGAGCUUCCCUGGAGUCUGUUGGCCUUGGACAGGUCUGAAAGAUUUGAAUGUCUAAGCAGAUCACCUGUGCAGGUGGUCAGUGUGUCCACCCUGUCCUUUGCCAGCAGGACUCCAGUAUUUCUGGAGCUUCCCAUGUUGCUGGGGAGCUUCUGUGCUGGGUCAUGGACUGACCUUCCUUCUGGUGUAUUUCUGUGUAUAUAAGGCUUUGGGCUGUAUUCACAAUGGGCCUUGAGCAGAAGUGUGUUGUGUGUGGGGGUGUGUGUAAAGAGUCUAAAUAUAGAAUAAAUGUAUAUUUUUGUUUGUAAAAUAAAGAAAUACAAUGAUGUUUGGCAUAAA